CAUCACCUCCUUCCUCAUGGUGUCUGAAAUGAUCAGAAGAUGACCACUUCUUUACCUGAGAUUACAAGAGAAAGAGAGAGAGGCAGACAGACAGACAGACAGGCAACCAGCAUGAAGGGAGACAUAAGGAGAAACAGACUGAGGGGAGGGCAGAAGUGGAGGAAAUUAUGGAGCUGAGGAAACAGUGAUUGCAGGCUGCAUAGGGAAUGGGAAAGAACGGAUAAGAAAGAGGUCAAGGUGGAAGAGAGGAGAGCCCGGCAUGCAGAGGUCAAGGCUGUUUCUUCCAGCAAAAAAUGGGGCUGGGCUCAAGGGCACAGUCAUCUUCUCAGUAACCACAAGGCAGAUCUUCUGCAACAAGGGAAAGAAGAAGUCAGAAUGAUAAAGGAAGUUGCUGGCCACAAGAACCUUCCCUUACUCAGUCCACUAUAUACAGACCAGGAAAUGAAAAUCAUUUUUGCCCUGAUUGUCUCCUGUCUCCUGACCACCCCAGGGACCCUCCAGAGGACCUAUUCUCCCACCUGAUGGCUCUGCUGCUCUCAUUUCCUGGAGAGAAUCAGACCAUGGCUUGGAUCCUGUUUCUGUUGCUGCCAACAUUAUGCCUGCAAGCUGGUAACUCAGCAGGAUCCAACAGAGUAAAUACUUUUGUUGUCAACCAACCGAUACACAUCUCUGGUGUCCAGGGCAGCUUCAUCGAGAUCCCCUUCUCCUUCUACUUCCCUGGGGAGUUGGCAAAGGAUCCACAGAUGUGGAUUCUCUGGAGAUGGAAGCAUUUCCAUGGGGAAUUUAUCUACAACUCCUCCUCGGGUUUCAUACAUGAGCAUUUCAAGGACCGGCUCAUCCUGAACUGGACACAGCCUCAGACAUCCGGAGUUCUCAGAAUCCUGGACUUGAAGGAAAAGGACCAGAGAGUGUACUUCUGCUGCGUUCGUCUUAAAGCAACAAAAGGCAUCGAGAUGGUGCAGUCUAUUCAAGGGACCCACAUCACUGUCACUCAUGCAGUUAGAACCACCAUGAAGAGCCCCUCCAUCAUCACCUCAGCAGUCACCACGACUGGCCUGGAGGACACAGAGGGCCAGAGGAAUCCUUCACUUGUGAGCCUGGGAGCAGUCGGGGUGGUGGUGGCCACAGCUGUGCUCAUUACCCCCGUCUAUGUGAUGCUGAUCUUCCUCUGGUGGAAGAAAAGUCCAGCAGACUAAAGCUGACACCCCAGCCAGGCACAGCACUGUCUGUUAGUCCCCAGCUAACAGAACUCCAGGGUGGUGAGUUUUCAUCAAAGUAGGGAUUGGUGGCCACACAUCCUGCAUCUCACCCCUUCCCUGACUACGGCCUGGUAUCAGAAAUCAUGGCUGCAGACCUGUGCUGUGAAACAUCCGUCCAUGGACAGGUACAAGAAGAGAACCCCACUUCUGACAUGUGCGCUCUGAUUUCCUUUCCUCAGAACCCAGUCAAUCUGUCUGUCUCUUUUGCUGAGAUUCCAACUGUGCUGUUUCCUAUCUGUCCAUGGAAUUAAUAACACUUUUUAAUAAAUAUUCUACUCCCCA